AUGGAGGCCGUGGUAUUCGAUGGAAAAACGCUCACACUGAAAUAUGAUCCAAAUUACCCCAUGCCGAAGAUCGUCAAAGACGAUGACGUUAUCGUCAAAGUGGAAUACUCCGGCGUCUGCGGUACAGAUCUUCACAUUAUUCAGGGUGAGUUCCCAGCAUCUAAAGAGCGACCUCUGCCCUUAGGUCAUGAAUUCAGUGGAAUUGUCCACGACGUGGGAAAGGCGUCGAUUUUCACGAAAGGCCAGAAAGUGGUCGUUGAUCCUAACCGGGCCUGCAGUCUUUGCGACUUUUGUCGAAACGGCAACUACCAGUAUUGUUUGACAGCUGGUAUUAACAGCACCGUCGGCAUCUGGUGUGAUGGGGGCUGGGCACAAUACGUGCUGGUACCGCAAGAUCAAGUAUACGCUUUACCCGAUGAAAUAACUACAGAACAGGCUGGUCUCUGCGAGCCUUAUUCUUGUGUCUCCCAUGGUUUUGACCGUGCCUCACCUCUGUCAAUUGGUAGCAAAAUUCUCAUAGUUGGUGCUGGCAUUAUAGGAAACCUUUGGAUUACAACACUGCAUCAUCAAGGGCAUAGAGACGUAACAGUUUCCGAGAUGAACAAAGCUAGGCUGGAAAUUGUGAAGAAACUAGAUACCGGCUUCAGGCUUAUAACACCCGAUGUAUUGGAGAAGGAAAAGCAAUUAUAUGACGUCAUAAUCGAUUGCACAGGAGUUGGCAAAGUGAUGGAAACAAGCUUUAAUUAUUUGAGACACGGUGGGAAAUAUGUGCUGUUCGGAUGCUGUCCACCCACGCACCAAGCUACAGUGAACCCCUUCCAAAUUUACGACAAGGAAUUGACGAUAAUCGGCGUAAAGAUCAACCCCUUCAGUUUCCCGAAAGCCAUUGGCUGGCUUAAAGCGAUGGGCAGCAGAUAUCUUGACUACGAGAAGCUCGGCGUGAAAACCUUCAAGCUGUCACAGUACCAGGAGGCGCUGAAAGAUCUCAAGGCCGGUGCCAUCUCUAAAGCUAUCUUUAAAGUAGUUUAA